GUCCGUUCCAUGUCUCUACAGGUAAUGUGUCGGCCCGCUACGAGACAGAUAUCACUCCGGCUGGCUGGACCUUCUCUAUCUGGGGUGUUAUCUAUACCUGGCUCACCCUGAUGGUCAUAUACAUCACUUCAUAUGUAUUCAGAGGAUCCUGGGCUCAGUGUCUGCUGCCCUACGCCUUCUAUUUUUGCUGGCUGUCCAGCAUGGUGUUGAACAUAAUAUGGCUGCUGCUGUGGGACAGAGAGUCGAUGCUAGCAGCUCUGGUCGUAUUAAUCAUGAUAGCCAUUUCCAACUACAGCGCUUUGUUCUUCUGUUGCUUUGCCACGGAUUACUACGGACUCUGGUUACAGUCGUACCAUCGCAAAGACCUAGGCUGUCUCUAUAUACUGGUCCAGAAUGGUUUGGCUCUCUACACCACAUGGACAUCCAUCGCCUCACUGAUCAAUUUCUCAGUGGUUCUCCACCUGUGGGGUGUGGACAAGAGCACAGCAGCAACAGCCUCUCUGUGCAUCCUGUUUGGAGAGGUGAUGGGAUGGUUCAUCCUUGAGAACUGGGUGCUGGACCGUUGGGUGCGUAACAUCCUCACAGUCUACCCUGUGGUGAUUGUGGCCCUGGUCGGAAACAUCUUGAAACAUUUUAACCGAGCUGAUCCCACUACGAAUUCUGUGUUUAUGGUUGUACUGCUGGUGUUAGCGUGUGUCCUGCUGUUUUUCCGAAUCUGUACCGUCAUCUGGAGAAACAUCAGGCGGCCUCUCCACUCCCCAGGCUCAGCGCGGCUGAUGGUAUCACCCCUCGACGGCAGCAAAUUCAAGAUCUUUUAUUAAACAAUAGGAACUUGUACAGUCCUGUACCCACUGCAGCCUUUUUAACUUUCAGCCCCAGACUCACACUUAUAUACACUUUCACACAAGACACUGCAGUGCUCAAGGAUAGAUUUUAAUAUGAAAUGUUAUGCUUUUGAGGUUGUUUAACUAGUCAUGGAUUUGAAACUGUAUUUCUUUCAAUAGGAUGUUUAAGAUUAGCUUGAAAAAGAAAGAGACGGUGUACUAAACUGCUACUGUUUUCACUAUUUGCCAAUAAUAUUGUUUAUAUGUAAAGUACUUUUUAUACAGAUUAAUUUGUGUGAUUUGAAGUUUUUUCAUCAUUUUUGGGCUUUUUUUUAUUUUAUAUCCAUACACUGACAAUAGAUACACUGUCAAUAUAUGUUUUAUGCUUUUGACUACAAUUUGAGUACACAAACAAUCAUUUUCUAAAAGUACUUAAGAGCUUUGUUAAAUUCAUUCAGAUUUUCCAAUUAAAGCAGUCUUUUUCAUGUCUAAGGCAGUUUCUUGAAUAUAUGUACAGUCAACUGCAGAAAAAUUGUAUUCCGUUGGUAUAUACCGUAGGGGAUGUGUUUCCACACCAUUAAACAAAUCUGUUACAUG